AUGUUUAGAAUAAAAGAAAUAAAUUAAAGCCAGAAGAGCUAAAAAAAAGGAGAGACAUUUAAGAUCUAGAUAUGUACACAUAUAAAGCUCCAGAAUAUAUAUCGAAUGGCUUUGAUACAAGGAUAUUUGAUAGAAUGGAUAGACUAAAAGAAAAGCUUACAUCAAAAUCAGAAAUAAAAAGACCAUCUACUGUUAAGAAAUGAUUUACAUAAAAAAUUAUAAUUUUAAAUAAAUUUUGGUACUCAAAAAUUUUUAGAUUUUAAAAAACAAUCAAUUUUAAAUAAAAAGGAUAGGAUUUCAUUUUAUUUAUAUAUUUAUUUGUUUACUUAUCUAGCUAGAUGUUUAAUUAUUCUAAAGUUAUUAAAAUUAUGGUUUGAUUUAUUCAUUUCUUAUAAAAAAAAUGUGUUUAUUUAUUUAUUUUGUAGUAAUUUAAAAAUAAAUUGGAAUAAAAUCAAUUCCUGUUCAAACUAUUUUAGAGCCAGAAUAAAUUUUGUCGUAAAUAUUUUGAUCAAAAAUAUUGAGUAGAAUAUUAUAUUAAAAUAUUACAUAACUUAUUUUAAAUUACAAAUCAAAAUAUCCUCCAUAAUUAAGAGAUUAAUUUCUGAAAAGACAAAAGAUAAAAGAGAAAACUUUAUUUUGAUUAUAGUUUAUAUUUUUUUAAAUGAAUUAAUAUUCAUUUUUAAAUUAAAAUAUGAGCUUUUUAAUUUAUGUUAAAUUUGUUUAAUAAAAAUUUUUUAAGCUUUUUGCUAAAAUUUAAAAACAGUAGUUUUUAAAGUGUGUAAUUUUAAAAAUUUGUAAAAUUUGUAUUUGUUUUUUGGCUGA